UUGCCAUGGCUUCUUCCUCGCGUCUCCUGGUCAUUGCACUCCUUUCUGCUCUCGCCACGCUCUCCAAUGCCGGCGGCAUUGCUGUCUAUUGGGGCCAAAAUGGCAACGAGGGCAGCUUGGCGGAGACAUGCGAUUCUGGCCUCUAUUCAUACGUCAUCCUCUCCUUCCUAACCACCUUCGGCAACGGGCAGACCCCUGUUCUCAACCUCGCAGGCCACUGCGAUCCCUCUUCCGGUGCCUGCGCUGCCCUCAGUCCCCAAAUCUACCUGUGUCAAUCCCAGGGCAUUAAGGUGUUCCUAUCACUCGGUGGAGCCGUCGGCAGCUACGUGCUCUCGUCUUCCGACGACGCGGCAAGCGUGGCGUGGUACCUGUGGGACAGCUACCUCGGCGGGCAAUCGGCCUCGCGCCCACUAGGAGAUGCCGUGCUCGAUGGCAUUGACUUCGAUAUCGAGAUGGGGAGGUCGGACUACUACGGAGAUCUAGCGCAGUCGCUCAUAGACUUGGGCAACGAGGCGGGCACGAAAGUCUACCUGUCGGCGGCGCCACAGUGUCCGUUCCCGGACCAGUUGCUGGGUCCGGCACUGCAGGCUGUGACCUUCGACUACGUGUGGGUGCAAUUCUACAAUAACCCGAGCUGCGACUACUCCUCGGGGGUCAGCGGCGUCAGCGAUGCAUGGGACACGUGGACGUCCGGUUUCCCGUCGUCCACGCUGUUCCUAGGGCUACCGGCGUCGUCCGACGCCGCCGGGAGCGGCUACAUCUCUCCGGACGACCUCACCUCGCAGGUGCUGCCGGAGAUUCAACCGUCGUCCAAUUACGGCGGCAUCAUGCUGUGGAAUAGGUUCUACGACGUUGAUAGUGGAUACAGCGAGGCCGUUAAGAGCAGUGUCUGAUUAAAUCUGCCGAUUCUGAAUUCCUGAUAUUUAAUAAAAUAUUACUUUAUUGAGCAUGAGGAAAAAAGAAUAAAGUGUGUGGCCUGUGCUGUCUGGAAGAAUAUGGAUGCAUCCAUGUUACUUACACAUGGGGUUAAAGAUAAAUAAAGUCAUGUUCAAGUACGA